GACUGCCAGGAGCUGACGGACGUGGAGCGCGCCAUCGAGACCGUGAUCAGCCAGUUCCACUGCUACGCCGUGAAGGGCCAGAAGGAGUACCUGACCCCCAACGAGAUGCAGGAGCUGCUGGUGCAGAAGCUGCCGCACCUGGGCAAGUGCGUGGGACCCCUGGAGGAGAAGAUCGAGUGCAUGGGAGACCCCAACGAGGCCAAGCUGGAGUUCGGGGAGUACUGGGACAUGAUGGGCGACGCGGCCAAGGGCUGUCGGAGGAAGUAGAGGGCGAUGGC